ACAUUCAACUGUCAAAUUUAUUUCUCUGCGAAACAAAUUGAAAUGUUGUGCACGUGUUUUGUAAUUUAAGGUUAAAUAAUUCACAUUUUCUUAUAAAAUGGGAAAAUUUCGUACAAAAUUGAAGGGGCAAACGAAAGGAAAACGAUGGCCUAAAGGACAAAGUUCUAGUUCAAAUCCAGAAACUCAUAAGUACAGAGAUCAAGCAAAAUCACGCUUCUUUCAAGUAAAUUUAGGUCCAAGUAAUUUAACAUCAGAUGCAUUACAAAAACACAAUGCAAUACAGUCAAGUGCAUUACUUGGAAAUGAUGCCACAAAUUCAAUCGCAGAUGAAACUGAGAGUACCAGAGCAUCUACAUUUCAGACAUACGACACAUUCGCUUCAGAUUGGAGCCAAUGUAGCAAUGUUUCAUUUAACAAAUUACUUGUAAAUUUUCGAACAAAUUCUGCCUUACAUAAAGAAAUGCUUGCAAUAUUAGCAGCAAUCACAGAAGUCAUUAAAUCAAAUGAUGGCACUGAGACUUCAACAGAAUAUUAUGCCGCGUUAAUGACUACACUGGAAGCUACGGAAAGUGAAGAGUCUAUAACAGCAAUUUUAUCGCUUUUAGCUAUGGGAAUAAAAACAGUACCACAAUCCGUGUUACAAACUCAAUUUUCGAAUGCCACGAAUAUUUUUCUCAAAAUAUGGGGGCAAUAUUCACAAUCAGAUAACAAUGUCAUAAAUAGAUCUGUCCUUACAUGCUUAGCGGUUUUUUUACGUGCACAAGACGUUGCUUCGUGGUAUAAUUCAUCAACUGUUCAAAUUUUCGAUGCAAUCUUAUCGUUUGUUAAUCAUUCGAAACCAAAAAUCCGAAAAGCGGCUCAACAUGCAAUUGGUUCUAUUUUAAAUGGAAGUUACUUUAUGAUCGGCGAAAAUCCGCCGGAUCAUCAUCCCGUAGGAGCACAUGUAGCACAGUUUUGUAUUAAACAAAUUGAAUCAUCUAUGGGUCAAACUGGUGGCCAAACCACCAUUUUACAUACACUUUCAAUAUUAAAGGAUAUUAUCCAAGUCUUUCCCAAAACUCAAAUAAAAUUAGUUUGUGAGACGCUAUUAAAAAUUAUGACCUUAAAUAAUGCUCUAAUUAAUGCAAAUGCGCUACAAGUGAUUUAUUCGUUAUUUUCGGGGAAAAAAACUGUGAUACCUGCGAUUUUAAAUGAUCAGUUAAUUGGAGCGUUAUAUGAUUAUCAACCGUCGCCCACGGAUAUUCAACCAACAUUGGCAUGGAUGGCUGUUAUGAAACAAGCUCAUAUUCAUUUGGCUGAUGUUGAUAUAACAAUGUGUAUGAAACGUUUACCGGCAAUAUUUGUCGCCCUAAUAAAACUUUGGCUAACUGAACGUACCGAAAUUGUGUCAGCUGUUACAUUGGCAUUAGAUGAUCUAAUCAAAGAUUGUAUUGGAGCUGCAGCGGAAUCACCUGCUACUGUAAAAACUCAUCAACCGUUGUUACAACAAUGCUUUAGUUUGAUUGAACAAGGAUUAAAUUAUGAAUAUCAUACAGCAUGGAGUCACGUUUUACAUCUAAUGAAAACUACUUUCCAAGUGGCAGGAUUAAAUUGUGCGGAUAUGUUAUUAUCAUAUUUGAAAACUUUAUCAUCGCUUCGGGAUUCUUAUAAAUUUUCAUACAAUUCAGAAUUAGAAUAUGCAGUUGGAGCUGCAGUUCGUACAAUGGGACCAGAAACAAUUCUAAAAGUGAUACCUUUAACGAAUGCAAACUCAAAAAUAAUAUUGGAUCGCAGUUGGCUACUUCCUGUUUUAAAAGAUAACAUCCAAGGAAGUACAAUCGAAUAUUUUGCAACAAAAAUAGUUCCACUCGCAAAAUCUUGUGAAAGUGAAUCAAAAACAAUGUUUGCUAAACAGAAUGCAGUCGGUGGCCAUAGUAUGGAAUUAUUUGCAUCACAGUUAUGGUCAUUAUUUCCCAGUUUUUGUAAUUUACCAACAGAUAUUGUUCUCAAUUUUAAGAAAAUAGCACAGACAAUUGGUUUGAAAAUCUCAAAUGAUAAAAAUUUGCGUUUACCAUUGAUGGCUGGUUUACGAAAAUUAAUUAAUCAGUCACAGGAAAAUGGAAAAGAUGAUUGUAUUCAAGAGUUGGGUCGAUUUGCUAAGAACUAUGUUCCAAUUUUAUUUAAUAUAUAUACAGUUAAGCCGAAUGGAAGUGACGAAGAAGGGCAACGAUUAGCUGCCUUGGAUACAAUUCGGGUGUACUUAGCAAUAGCACCAGAUCAAUUACGAAACCACCUAUUCAGCGAAGCUACUAAACAAUUAACAAGUAGUGAAGAUACAUUCUUACGUGAAAGUGUUUAUGAUCUAAUACGUCUCCUGGCUGUAUAUCAGACUAAGGACGAAUUGGAAAACAUUUACAAACAAUUUAUCGUUAAACUUUACGAAAAUAAAAAUCAUAAAGAACAGAAAAAAGCAUAUCGUUUACUUGAAGAUAUUUGCGGAAGUGAUCAACCUGGCUGUGUCGAAUUUGUGAAAUCAAAUCGGAAAUCGUUACGAGGUCUAUUAUUAAAAACUUUGGAAACGACAACUUCAAGUAGUAAAGCUGCUCGAUUACGUUGUCUAAGUUUAAUUAUCUUUAAGUCUUCGAAGACUGUAGAUGCGGAAAAUAAAUUGGUACAGGGUGCUCUAGUGGAAUGUAUUAAUUAUAUGAAAGAUAUUAAUGAAAAAUGUCGUAUUGAAGCACAGAAUUUAUUAUUGAAAAUUGGCGAAGCUUUGUUAGUGACACCGAAAGGACAAGAGCAAUUUUUAGGGAUACUAAUGGCUGGUUUUAUGGGGAAUACACAAAUGGUAGUCGGUACUAUAUUAGGACUUGCAUCUUCUGUACAUCAUUUUACUGGAUCACUAGGUAUUGAAAAUUUACAAACAAUUUUAAAAACAGUGAGUCAAUUAUUAACAAGUGCUACUCGUGAAAUUGUUCAAGCAUGUUUAGCAUUUAUUAAAGUAUAUAUAACACGAUUACCGUUACCACAAGUCGCUAACGAUUUAUCAACAAUUGUACAAUCGUUAUGUAAAAUGCAAGAGGAUACAAAACGACAUUUUCGUAUAAAAUUGCGUAAUAUAUUGGAUCGUUUAAUUCGAAAAUUUGAUUCGGAAACAAUUAGUAAAUUAAUACCAAAUAGUGAUACAGUUAUGCAUAAACGUUUACGUAAUUUACGUAAAUUACAAGCACGUAAAAAACGUGCUAAGGAUCAAAAAGAAGAGGAGGAUGCAGAAUCUGAUGAUGGUGUUAAUGAUUUUACUGUGAAUAGUAAACCAAACACUUUGGAAGCUAUCUUAGCUGAUUCAGAUGACGAAUUUGAUGACGAUGAAGACGACGAUGCUAAAUCUAUGCAAAAACGACGCUCAAAGAAGUCUGCUAAUAACGCAUGGAUUCAAGAAGAUGAAGAUAACAUAAUAGAUUUCACAGAUACAUCCGCUAUUAGUAAAAUACGUGCGACAAAUCCAAAGCAAAGUGUAACCGCUGAGAAAAAACAGAAGGCUAAGAAAGAAAAUUCAUUUAAAACCGCAUCUGAUGGCCGAUUAAUUAUUACCGAUGACAUGAAAGAUGAUGACUCUGAUGAUGGUAAAAAAAUGGACGACUUUGAUUCAGAUGAUUCUGAUUUAGAUGAUGCUGUAAGUAAAGCGACCACACUUAAAUUGGGUGGAGGUAAACGCAAACGAAGUGCAAGUGAUUCAGUAAGCAUAUUUAGUGGCGGAAGUCAUCCUGCAAAUAAAUAUCGUGCAGGAGGUAGUGGUAUUCAUAGACCAACGAAUAAAAUACCUAUGGAAACUGGAGAGAAAUAUAAAGCGAAAAAAGCGGCUGGAGAUAUUAAAAAGAAGGGUAAAGUUGAACCAUAUGCAUAUUUACCAUUACGUCGAAGUGCAUUAAAUAAAAGAAAACGUAUGAAAAAUUCAAAUGAAUUCAAAAAUAUUAUCAAAGGUGUUACAAAAAAGGAUAUAAAACGAAAAAAUAAUAAAUUUAAACAAGGACGUCAUAGUCGUCCUUAAGCUCUUAACUUAUUUUCUUUUGUUUUUUAUC